AUGAGUGAGGACUGGGAGUGCUCCACUCUCCUGUUCUGGAUGUCCGGAUCGAGGGCGGAGCUUGAAAUACAUUCCCCUUGCCGUUCUGAUUUGCUCGUUAGAGACGGCGUCUACUUCGUACAGGUCAGGGCUGAUGCGCAGCAUCUGGAUUGGGAUAUUCUCGCCGGCAUUAUCUUAAUUAUGCCGGAACGCCAAACAGUUGAGAACACAUCACAUCAAGCGGGGAAGCGGCAUGGCUGA